CCCCACGUGCUGUCGCCAUGACGUCCACACUGCAGACGCCGGCCUUCCGGCUGGCCCCUCCCCUCUACAGCUGCGAGGAUGAGAUUGAGCGCCGCUACGAGAUCGUACCCUCGGUCGUCUGCUCCAUGUGCUGCCUCUUCGGCAUCAUCUACUGCUUCUUUGGCUACCGCUGCUUCAAGGCGGUGAUGUUCCUGACGGGCCUGAUGUUCGGCUCCAUCAUCAUCUUCAUGCUGUGCUACAAGGAGAGGGUGCUGGACACGCAGCUGAGCGUGGAGGCCAGCGUGGGCAUCGGCCUGGGCAUCGGCGUGCUGUGCGGCCUGGUCACCAUGCUGGUGCGCAGCGUGGGCCUCUUCAUGGUGGGCCUGCUGCUGGGCCUGCUGGUGGCGGUGGCGGCGCUGGUGGUGAUGGAGGAGUUCUACCACCCGCGCACGGUGUGGAUCCCGCUGGGCAUGCUGCUGGGCUCGGGCAUGCUGUUCGCCGUGCUGACGCUGCAGUGGCAGCGCUGCUUCACCACGCUCUCCACCGCCGUCUUCGGCUCGGCCGUCAUCACCGUCACCGUCGACUACUUCAUCGAGCUCUUCAUGCUGGUGCGCUACGUGUACGAGCGCAUCAAGGUGGCGCCGCGCCGGCCCGUGUGCUGGUUCAGCUGGGUCAUCCUGGGCGUGUGGCCCGUGCUCACCCUGCUGGGGGUGCUGAUCCAGUGGAAGGUCACGGCGGAGGGGUACUCCCACACUGAGGUGAUAAUCAGCCGGCAGCAGCGGCGGGUGCAGCUGAUGCGGAUCCGGCAGAAGGACGAGCGCAGGGAGGGCAGGAAGAAGAAGAAGAAGCAGCAGCGGCACUACCACCCCCACCACACGCACCACCCCAAAGCCAUGCAGCCCGAGCCCGCAUACCGCCGCAAGCCCAACCCCAUCCGCCGCUACGACGGCGACGUGCUCUCUCCGAGCUACAUCCAGAGCUUUCGGGACCGGCAGACCGACAGGCACGGGUACCCUCAGGGCAGGAUGGUCAGCGGGACCCACACCAUGGUGGACCUGGACUACGACUGCGGCUCCACCGUGCCCCUGACGGCCUCGGCGGGGCCCGCCGUGCGGGUGUGACGCAGCCCCCCCGCUGGCCCGCGGCGGUAACGCGGCCGCCGUGCCGUGACUGCACGGGAGGAGGCAGAGCGGCGGGAACAGCCCCACCCCCCGUGCCCUGCAGCCCAGCUCCCUCCCCCUCACGUCCCCCACCGGAUGCGCAAAGCAAAUGCCGUCCCCCGACCUUUGACCCCUGACCCUGUGUCCGUCUUCUCCCCACCCCCGUCACUCCCGGGCCCCAUUCUUACAUUCCCAUGAUGGGGGACUCCCACGGGCUGGGUGGAAGAGACUGGCUGGACGUCCUCUGUCCCUUUAAUAUCCUCAUACUCUACUUCUACGAUUCAAACUCUCUCGUCCAGUAUUAUAUCCGCCUCCCAGAUCACAAUGAAGGCCACAUUCGUACUAUGCUCAAGCGCAGUCCAGUCACAUUGCACACGUUGCACACAGAUGUAUCCAUUACAGUCUGAUCCGCUACACAUGUGAGGUUCUCUUGGCUGCAGCAUGUAUGUGUCUGGGCGGAGGUCGACGUGCUGGCUUCAGUGUGUGUGUGUCUGGGCUGAGGUGGUCCUGUUGGCCGCGGUGUGUGUGUCUGCGGAGAGGUGGUCCUGUUGGCCGCGGUGUGUGUGUCUGGUGAAAGCCACUCCCUGGGGUUCUGGGGAUUCUGGGAGAGCACAGAGUUCAGGGAUGGCCGGGAAUGCACGAGUGUGUGCUCGGCCGACCGUGGCAAUCACAUUAUGGAGUUAUUCAUUUACUAAGAGCUCUGGGAUUCACUCGGGUGGUUUUUUUAAUCUCUGAAUGAAAUCCCCAAGCCCAUCACCUCCUCCCAUACACACACGCAGGCACACACACUCAAACAGCCUAGCUCAUGGGAGUUGGGGCCUGUUUGCAGUCUGAGAGAUGAAGGCGGCAGUGUCCACCUCUGUUGGGUGUGGGAGCCUCAAUAAAGAAGAAAACAGGACCAUUGUUCCAGAGAGGAGAAAGGAAAUAUAAACUAGUAUAAAACAGUGCCCCCUCUUUUUUAUGGAAUGCAGGAACUCCAGCCAAAUCUGCCAGCUGGUGAAGAAAUUUUCCCAUUAAUUUUGGGAAAUUGUCCCUCCCAAAACACUCGCACACAAACACAUACACACGCACACACACACACACACACACACAUAAACACAUACACAGAA